UAUGCGCCUACUAACAUUUACGCAAAGUACUGAUAUUUUUCUUGGACUUGUUUUUUAGCAAGUUAAAUUUAACCUCUUUUAUUUUAAUUUUCCACUCACACACACACCCUUUUUUAUUCCAAUCUAAUUUUAAAAAGAUGGCUCUCCGCGUUCCCCAGUCAAACGGCCCCCAGCUCUUCAAGGAGGGGUAUAAGAACCUGCAAGGUCUCGAGGAAGUCAUAUUCCGCAACAUCCAGGCGACCAAGGAGAUGAGCGAAAUCACGCGCACAUCGUUCGGGCCCAACGGGCGCAACAAGAUGGUGGUCAACCACCUGGAGAAGCUGUUUGUGACGAACGACGCGGCGACAAUCAUCCGCGAGCUCGAGGUGGUACACCCAGCGGCCAAGCUUCUGGUGAUGGCCAGCCAGCAGCAGGAGGCGGAGGCCGGCGACGGCACAAACUACGUGAUCAUCUUCGCCAGCGAGCUGCUGCAGCGCGCCGAGUCGCUGCUGCGCAUGGGGCUGCACCCGUCGGAGAUCGCGCGUGGCUACGAGCUGGCGCUGAAGGAGGCGCUGCGCGCGCUGGAAGCGCUGGCGGCCGAGGAGGUGCGCGAGUGGACGGACCCGGCGCAGGUGCUCAAGGCCGUUCGGUCGGCGAUUGCAUCGAAGCAGUAUGGGCAGGAGGACGUGCUCGGGAAGCUGGUGGCCGAGGCCGUGGUGGCGACGAUGCCGCGCGGCGACGCUAGCCGGUUCAAUGUCGACAACGUGCGCGUCGUCAAGGUGCUGGGCGGCUCGCUGGCACAGAGCCGCGUCGAGCACGGCAUGGUGUUCCCGAGGGCGCCUGAGACGGCGGCGCAGCGCGCGCGGUUCGCCAAGGUGGCGGUGUUCGCCUGCCCGGUCGAUGUUGGCCAGACCGAGACCAAGGGCACGGUGCUGCUGCACACGGCCGGCGAGAUGCUGGACUACACGCGCGGCGAGGAGGCGCAGAUGGCUGCGGCCGUCGCCGAGCUGCACGCGGCCGGCAUCGCCGCUGUGGUGUGUGGGUCGGGCGUCGGCGACUUGGCCGUCCACUACUUCAACCGCUACGGCAUUGUGGCGCUCAAGGUGCCGUCCAAGUUCGAGCUGCGGCGCGUAUGCCGCGUGCUGGGCGCCAACCCGCUGGCGCGGCUGGGCGUGCCGACGCCCGAGGAGAUGGGCUACUGCGACGAGAUCCGCACGACCGAGAUCGGCGGCGACCGCGUCACGGUUGUGCGCCAGUGGACGGCUGAGGAGCUGGCGGCCAGCGGGGUCGCUGCCGAGCGGCCGGCCUUUGCGGACCGCAUCCAGCGGUCGCCGCUGGUCACUGUGGUGCUGCGCGGCGCCACGCUGAACGCACUGGACGACGCCGAGCGCGCGGUCGACGAUGGCGUCAACGUUGUUAAGGCGCUGACCAAGGACCCACGGCUGGUGCCGGGCGGGUGCGCAGCCGAGAUGGAGCUGGCGCGGCUGGUGCAGGAUGCGGCCGACCGCACGGCCGGCAUCAACCAGCACGCGAUGAAGGCCUUUGCACAGGCGCUCGAGGUGUUUGCGCGCACCAUGGGCGACAAUGCCGGCGUCGACAGCACGGCGCUGGUGGCCAAGCUGAUUGCCGCGCACCACGCCAAGGCGAAGACCACGGUGGCCGGCGCGCUGGUCGGCCCCAGCAUCGGCGUCGACGUCGACUGCGACCACGAGCCGCGGCUGGUCGACGCCCUGGCGCAGGGCAUCCUGGACCCGCUGGCCGUCAAGUCGUGGGGCCUGACGUACGCCACGCAGGCCGCGCUGACUGUUCUGCAGGUCGACCAGAUCGUCAUGGCGAAGACCGCCGGCGGGCCCAAGCUGCCCAAGCAGCAGCAGGGCAACUGGGACGAGGACGACUAAAGGGCAAAACAUCGCUUCUUUGUGGGGAGUGAAAAAAACCAAAAUAUAAAUUGAAUUUGCUUUUCGAAUUUCUUUCUUUUCUUUCUCUUCAAUUCAAU